ACCAAGGUAAAUUUGCUUACUAAUUCUCGUUGCAUUUUUGUAUUGCUUAAUCAGUCAUCGUCGGCUCCAGCGUAUGUUCAUAAAUCGUCACGCCUUCCAAAGUCGUUUAUGAUUCAUUGUCGACUACUGAUUACCUUGUGCUCCCUCUGCUAUUACUUCAAUUUUGUCACAUUAUUUUUGUUUUUUGUUGGAGAUUUUGUAGUCUUAGAUCAAAUAUUCUUGUGUGAAUGAUGUCUGACUCUCACAUACUGCCGGAAUCAAAAAGCCACAACCCAAAUGGUGGUGUUAUUCGUGGUAAAUCUGGUGGACUGAAGCCCGACAGGUCUAGGCGCUCAUGGUCUCCUCGUGAGGAGGAAGUCCUCAUACUAGCAUUGAAGGACCUUGUGACUAACCGUUGGAAGGCCGAUAAUGGGUUCCGAGCAGGAUUCCUCACUCGCGUUGAAGAAUUUGUCCGUCGAGAAAUCCCUACAACAACUGUGAGAGCCCAACCUCAUAUUUCCUCCAAGAUCAACACUUGGAAGAAAUUCUACAAUUCAUUGAAUAUGAUGCUUGACCGUAGCGGUGUUGGGUUAAACUCAGACGGCGACUGGAAGAUAGAAUGCAACGACGACCACUAUGGCGUAUUUGCUGCGUUUUUGCAGUGGCCUUCGAGCAACAAUGAGGAUGGAGAGAGAGGGUAA